GGCAUUGUUUUGACAACAGCACAUCUAAUACGCUCAAACUGCCCGUCUAUGGACCACUGGUUAGGCCAAGAUGAGUAUUCCGCUGAGGCUAAGGUUGUUAUUCACUUAUUAGAUGACACAACUGCAGAGGGCCAAUUGAUUUACCUCCAGAAGCAUUAUGAUCUCGCUUUUUUUAGGGUUGGAGUGGAUCAAUCUCUUCAGCUACCUGUACCUGAUUUUAGUAAUAGUGUGGAAUGUGCUCAAGAAGUUUUCCAGCUUGGGAGAGAUGAAAAAAUGAAUCUCAGGAUAACUCAUGGCAGGGCAGAAUAUUUGAAUCCAACUAUCUAUGAUCGCUAUCAUUACAUGUACCUUUCUCGCAAAGAUGUGGACAAUGAGUUUGAUGAUGGAGGACCAGUCAUUGACUUCGAUUCAAAUGUCGUGGGCAUAGUGAAUAAUUCUACCGACGGGUCUUUUAUACCUUCUUCGAUUCUACUUAAGUGCUUGGAUCUGUGGAGGACUCAUGGGUCCAUCCCGCGUCCCCACCUUGGGUUGAAGUUCUUCGCCAUCAAGCUUUUAGACCCUGCUCAUAUUGAGAAGAUACGGCGCAAGUUUAAUAUUGAUCGCGGUCUUAUUGUUCAAGAGGUCUCAAAAGAAUCGCAUGCGGAGAAACUUGGAAUCCGAAUGGGCGAUGUUAUUGAAUGUUUUGAGGGAGAAAACAUUUCUACUACAGUUGAGUUGGAGAACAUGUUACUGGACUUAUCCAAGGGCCAUUUUGCCAAAGGAAAUGACAGUCAUGCAAAUAUAAAUGUUUCGAUUGGGGUGUUCAACGCUCGUAAAAGACUCUGGAGGACUAGAGAGUUGACUGUAAAUGUUUCUGAUCAAGGGGAAAUUGUUGCAAAAGGUUUGAUGGAUGUGUUGGCGCUUAACUGA